UGGUUAUUUAUUAUUUGUGCAAUAUUGCCGAGGGUUUUGCGACCGCUGAAAAAAAAGAUAUUUUAAAAAAUUGUGUGGUUGAAAUGAAAAAGAAAUGGUUGAAAUAUUAUGAGAAAAUUGAUGAGAUAUAAUUGGUUGGUUGCAUUUUGGAUCCUAGAUUUAGGAUUGAAUUAUUAACUGAGUUGUUAAAUGUGUAUUACAAUCAUUUGUUUCCGGAAAAUGAUGUUAUCGUUAAUAUUGAUCCUAACACUCCUCAUCCUCCUGUUAAACCUAAUGUGGAUCUUAUUAUACUUCAAGCUACUAGUACUUUGCAUGCAAUGUUUGAUGAAUAUGUUAGUGAAAUGAGUGGAACUCAAAAUUUACAAGUUAAUCGAGAGUCUACGGAUACUUCCAAUAUGACGACGGGUCAACGAUUGGUGUUUGAACGCUUAAAGCGCCCGAGGUCCACGGGUUCAAGUUCCAAUCGACGAUUGGAACUUGACCAAUAUCUAACCAUUCGUUUUGAUUUUCCUCAUGAUGAAGAUCCAAGUGCCUUUUCCAAGUUUGAUAUAUUAGAUUGGUGGAAGUCAAAGAGUUCAGCGUUCCCAAUUAUGUCGAUGAUUGCAAAAGAUGUUCUCGCUUGCCCCGUAUCCACAGUUGCAGUCGAAGCUGCAUUUAGUAUCGCGGGCCAUAUACUGGAUCAAAGAAGAAGCAAUCUCCGCCCCGAAAAUUUAGAAGCACAAGUUUGUUUGGAUAAUUGGGGAAAAAGCAAUUUCCGACACAAAGACGACCAUAGGGAGGUAAGUGAAGGUAAGAGAACUACGUGGACUUUGAUUCCGUAAUGGAUACGUAGGCAACUUCAUUUUAAAUUCGA